CCCACUACCAGACGCAGCACGAAGUACCAUGUGAUGGAACGAACAUCAAUGUUUCAUCAGCGAUGCUACGAAACCACCUAUCACCUCGCCAGCGAGCACGUUAAAUUCCACACAGCCAUCAUGGCUGUCUGCAGACUGCUCUACGGCGAAGCUUCUGAAGCACUGUACGGAAGACAUUCUUUCGACUUUGGCCAUCAUGUCCAGGCCGUCGUCCCCUUCCUCACGGACCGUACCCCUUACACCCUCUCGCUCGUAUCAUGCAUCUGUGUUUACAAGCGCGGCCCGUUCCCUUCCAUGGGCUACACGAGUGAGAAGAGCGAGUGGUCCUGCAUGUGCCGUUUCCUGUCCGGCAUGAAAACGCUGGAGAGGCUGCGGGUCGUGAUGGAGACGGGCCGCCCGUCGGACAUCAAGCUGCUGAGCCUGAUCGGCCAUGAGAGCCUGGAGUGGGUUAGGGAGCUGGCCCAGGUGAAGACACUGAAGGAGUUGGAACUUGUCUCGGAAGCCAAGUAUCUGCCGGUGCCCAAGUCGUCAGCCAUGGCUGUCUAUGCCGCUCUGUCGGUUUCUGUUGAGCAUGGGCUGGUCGAAUAUUUGAAAUUGGAAAUGGCUGCGUCGUGUAUUACGUCUUCUGUUCAUAGGCUAGAUGGAGAUUCCUCAUAAGCAUCAUCUGAGCCUGAGGAUUCGGAAGGGUCAGAAAACUGAACUGAGAGAUGUACAGAC